AUGUCAGCACUAUUUAAUUUGGAAUCUAUGAUAACAGUCAUAAUAUUAUGUAUAUGUACAUGUACUUAUUUAAAGCCAAGAUUUCCAAGCAUUUUCGAUAAUAAAAAAAACGGGUUUUUAGGUACCUUAGGCAAGUUUGCAAUUAUCGGUGAUCGCUUAUCAAUCUACGUAUCAAUAGUUUGUGUUAUCUUGGCAUUUGUUAACCUGUUCUUGCGAUAG